AUGUUCCUUCCGCGCCGGCAGACUGUUGGAUGGCCACAGUCGCGAACGUGGGUGAAGUCGUGCGGCGCAGAGACCAGCUCAUUGGCGGUCGCCGGUCCCUCGAUCACGGGCGCCGUCGCCGGGGUGGAAGUGGGAGGGCUCGACGGGACGGACCCCUCUCGCUCCGGGAGGGUGGAGGGGGCUUGCCCACCCGCUAUGACUUGCCACACCGAUUUCAGCCCACGCGACGCGCUCGGCCUCCGCUGGCGGCUGCCGCAAGAGCGCGGCUGGCUCACGACAGCGGUUUUCCCCUUUCCAGGAUAG